AAUGUAGUCAGAGAGGCAGCUCGGGAGGCGGAAGUGAGGUUAGAGCAGCAGUCUGCUCCGUCCAUAUUAUUAUUGUUAUUUUGGCUGUGUGAUGGUUCACGGACGGCGGCCAGCCCGGGAUUUCUCCGGUUACCAGCGCAGACACGAACGGCUAGCAAGCCACACGUUACAGCUGCGCGUCUGUCUCACUAUAGUUUGAUCGCCAGCGUUGACAAAACGCGCAAACGUCGCUGUGCGCAGCGCUCGCCGAGGACUGUCUUUAUUAUUGACACUGCAACAGACAUGAACGGCAUCACCAAGGGCAGAUUUGAGGUGUUCUCAAACAGUGAUGAGGCCCUAAUCAACAAAAAACUUCCCAAAGAGCUUCUGCUCAGGAUUUUCUCUUUCCUGGAUGUAGUUACAUUGUGUAGGUGUGCCCAAGUAUCAAAGGCGUGGAAUGUUCUUGCAUUAGAUGGAAGUAACUGGCAGAAGAUUGAUCUUUUCAACUUUCAGACAGAUAUUGAGGGACGUGUCGUGGAGAACAUCUCGAAGCGAUGUGGGGGGUUUUUGAGGCAGCUCAGUCUUCGGGGCUGCCUCAGUGUGGGAGAUGCCUCCAUGAAGACCUUUGCUCAGAACUGUCGCAACAUUGAACAUCUGAACCUCAAUGGCUGCACCAAGAUCACAGACUCCACCUGCAUCAGCCUUAGCAAGUUCUGCUCCAAACUUCGCCAACUUGACCUGACAUCCUGCGUGUCCAUCACCAAUCAUGCACUUAAGGCCUUAAGUGAGGGCUGUCGGAUGUUGGAGAAUCUGAACCUGUCCUGGUGUGAUCAGAUCACGAGUGAUGGCAUCGAGGCUCUCAGCCGUGGCUGUACAAGUCUCAGAGCUCUGUUUCUGAGAGGCUGUACACAGCUUGAUGAUGCUGCACUGAAGCACCUUCAAAAGCACUGUCCUGAGCUCAUGACAAUCAACAUGCAAUCAUGCACACAAAUCACAGAUGACGGCUUUGUGAGUUUGUGCCGCGGUUGUCACAAACUGCAGAUGGUUUGUGUGUCUGGCUGCAGCAACAUCACAGACGCUUCUCUGACUGCCCUCGGCCUCAACUGCCAACAGCUCAAGAUCCUGGAGGCUGCUCGCUGCUCACAUGUGACUGAUGCUGGUUUUACUGUUCUUGCCAGAAAUUGUCAUGAUUUGGAGAAGAUGGAUUUAGAGGAAUGUAUUUUGGUGACUGAUAACACUCUGGUUCAGCUCUCAAUCCACUGCCCUCGGCUGCAGGCGCUGAGUCUGUCUCACUGUGAGUUGAUAACAGAUGAUGGAAUCAGACACCUGAGCAGCAGUGUGUGUGGUCAGGAGCGUCUGCAGGUCGUGGAGCUGGACAACUGCCCCUUGAUCACAGACAUCACACUGGAGCAUCUCAAGAGUUGCCAGCAUCUGGAACGCAUUGAGCUCUAUGACUGCCAGCAGGUCACCCGUGCAGGCAUCAAACGAAUCCGGGCUCACCUUCCUGAGAUCAAGGUCCACGCAUACUUUGCCCCGGUCACACCUCCUCCUUCAGUGCACGGAGGUGGUCAGCGUCUCUGCCGCUGCUGCGUCAUACUCUGACAGAAGGAGGGGCUUCUGGGAGAUCCCAUAGAAAGUCAAGCUGUCAGACAACCUCUAAACUCUGCCCUGCCUCUGCUCCACACCACUACGAGACGCUGUGUGGGGUUGUGGCUACGGGAGGCAUGGCUUGUUCACUGAGCGGUUGCCUGGCAGCAGGAUGGACCUGAACAAGUUAA